CGGACGCGGGCGGGCGGCCCGGUCGGGCGGUGGCAGAUGCGCCCAACGGUGGCAGCGGCCAGCGGCGCGCAGGUGACCGGCCUGAGGCGCAGCCUGGUCAGGGAGCGCCCAGGGAGAGCUGGAGGGAAAGGGCAGCCGAUCCGCCCCCAUCGCGCGCGUCUCGGCGCCAGGAGCCGUCCCGGGGCUUGUUGGCGAGCGCUGAUAUAGAUAUAAGGACAUUUCUCUUCAUGGCGUCACGUGACAUAAUUACCACCAGAAUCAAUCAAGAUGAAUUGCACGUCAGCGCCCGGUGGGGAUUUUUGCUUAGUUGAUCCUGGCCCAAGCCUCUUGUGCAAUCGAUGGCUCAGGUUGGCUGCGCCGGGAGCGGCCAGGGGCUCGCCGGCGCGCACGCCGCGGAGCCAUGAACGACUUUGACGAGUGCGGCCCGAGCGCAGCCAGCAUGUACCUGCCGGGCUGCGCCUACUAUGUGGCCCCGUCUGACUUCGCUAGCAAGCCAUCGUUCCUUUCCCAACCGUCGUCCUGCCAGAUGACUUUCCCCUACUCUUCCAACCUGGCGCCGCACGUCCAGCCGGUGCGCGAAGUGGCCUUCCGCGACUACGGCCUGGAGCGCGCCAAGUGGCCGUACCGCGGCGGCGGCGGCGGCGGCAGCGCGGGGGGCGGCAGCAGCGGGGGCGGCCCCGGCGGGGGCAGCGGUGGCGCUGGGGGCUACGCUCCCUACUACGCGGCAGCGGCGGCGGCAGCGGCGGCGGCAGCGGCGGCCGAGGAGGCAGCCAUGCAGCGCGAGCUGCUCCCGCCCGCCGGCCGCCGGCCGGACGUGCUCUUCAAGGCGCCUGAGCCGGUGUGCGCUGCGCCGGGGCCGCCGCACGGCCCCGCGGGCGCCGCCUCCAACUUCUACAGCGCGGUGGGCCGCAAUGGCAUCCUGCCGCAGGGCUUCGACCAGUUCUACGAGGCGGCUCCUGGGCCCCCGUUCGCCGGGCCGCAGCCCCCGCCGCCGCCCGCGCAGCCACAGCCCGAGGGUGCAACCGACAAGGGCGACCCCAAGACCGGGGCUGUUGGAGGAGGGGGCAGUCCCUGCGCCAAGGCGACCCCUGGCUCGGAGCCCAAGGGGGCAGCAGAAGGCAGCGGUGGCGACGGCGAGGGCCCCCCGGGGGAGGCGGGGGCCGAGAAGAGCGGCGGCGCAGUGGCCCCCCAGCGGUCCCGGAAAAAGCGCUGUCCCUAUACCAAGUACCAGAUCCGCGAACUGGAACGCGAGUUUUUCUUUAACGUGUACAUAAACAAAGAGAAAAGACUUCAACUCUCUCGGAUGCUCAACCUCACUGACCGGCAAGUCAAAAUCUGGUUCCAGAAUCGCAGGAUGAAAGAAAAGAAACUGAACAGAGACCGUCUGCAGUAUUUCACUGGAAACCCCUUAUUUUGAGAGCUCCAGGAAGCGCCCCCUCCCCCCGCCCCACUCACCCACUGUCCUCCCCACCAGCCUGCCCUCCGCAGGCCCAAUGUCCUUGGGUUUAAUGACGCCUCUUCUCUGUGGAACUUCACGAUUCCUUCCCACGGUCAACUCGGGACCUCCCAGCGACCACUGCAGCCUGCGGACGAGGCCGGGACUUGGCCGAGCGGAUCCUAAUAAGGGGAAAAUGGUAAAUGCAAACGUCCCUUUACAAUUUUACCGCCAAUAUGCUGUUGUUUCCCCCUCCCCCUCUCCCAGUCCUCUUGGGCACGCCGCGGGGUCUUUAGGAAGUUAGGCCGGGGGACUAGAAGGCGCUGGUGUUUUGCUCUGAGUUUUAAGAGAGCCCUUCCUUCCUAUUCAGUGAACGCAGAUUAUUUAAACUUUGGGAAAUGUACCUUUGGUCUGUCAUAUCAAGGCGUGAGUCACUGUCUUUUUGUGUGAAUAAAUGGUUUCUAGUAAAAUGGAGGU